GCCGCUGCCCAUUUAAACAGGCGGAGCGGCCGCUCUCAGCGGAGGUAGAGGCGGUGACGGAGCGCAGCCUCUUCCCCUCGUCGCUUUUGCCGUCUUUUCUUCUCGCCUUCUCUUGCCCGGCGGCCGGCCUUGGGCGAGCUCCGUUCCCCUCCCUCAUUCCCUCCCCCGCUCUUUCCCGUGGGCCCCUCCGGCCGCCUCGUCUCGUCUCCGUUCGGCCCAACUUCGGCUCCUCGUUCGCUUCAGAGGCAGCAUGUCGGUCGUGGGAAUCGACCUGGGCUUCCAGAGCUGCUAUGUGGCCGUGGCCCGAGGAGGGGGCAUCGAGACGGUCGCCAACGAGUAUAGCGACCGCUGCACCCCGUCAUGUAUAGCAUUUGGACCCAAGAACCGUUCAAUUGGAGCUGCAGCUAAAAGUCAAGUAAUUUCAAAUGCAAAGAAUACCGUGCAGGGCUUCAAAAGAUUUCAUGGUCGUGCAUUUUCAGAUCCCUUUGUUCAAGAUGAAAAAGCAAAGCUUGCUUAUGAACUUGUCCAGCUGCCAUCACAUUCUGUUGGCAUCAAGGUUAUGUAUAUGGAAGAAGAACGAAAUUUCACCAUUGAGCAGAUAACAGGAAUGCUCCUCACGAAGUUAAAAGAAACUGCAGAGAAUGCACUUAAGAAACCUGUGGUUGAUUGUGUUGUGUCUGUUCCAUGUUUCUAUACAGAUGCAGAACGGAGAUCUGUGAUGGAUGCUACACAGAUAGCUGGUCUCAACUGCUUACGUUUAAUUAAUGAAACUACUGCAGUUGCUCUCGCAUAUGGAAUCUAUAAACAAGACCUCCCUGCAUUAGAAGAAAAACCCCGAAAUGUGGUGUUUGUUGACAUAGGGCAUUCAGCUUACCAAGUAUCAGUAUGUGCAUUUAACAAGGGAAAAUUGAAGGUUCUGGCAACGGCAUUUGACACAGUACUCGGUGGCAGAAAAUUUGAUGAAGUAUUAGUAAAUUAUUUUUGUGAAGAAUUUGGGAAGAAAUAUAAACUAGACAUAAAGUCCAAAAUUCGUGCACUGCUGAGAUUAUCUCAGGAAUGUGAGAAAUUGAAGAAGCUGAUGAGUGCAAAUGCCUCUGAUUUGCCAAUGAACAUAGAAUGUUUCAUGAAUGAUAUUGAUGUCUCUGGAAAUAUGAACAGGAGCAAAUUCUUAGAGAUGUGUGAGGACCUUUUGGCCAGAAUAGAACCACCACUUCGAAGUGUCUUGGAACAAGCCAAGUUAAAGAAGGAAGAUAUCUAUGCAGUAGAAAUUGUUGGAGGGACUACAAGGAUACCUGCUGUAAAGGAGCGUGUCAGUAAAUUCUUUGGUAAAGAAGUCAGUACAACUUUGAAUGCUGAUGAAGCUGUCACUCGAGGCUGUGCUUUGCAGUGUGCUAUUCUAUCCCCAGCUUUUAAAGUGAGAGAAUUUUCUAUAACAGAUUUGGUACCGUAUCCCAUUUCUUUGAAAUGGAAUUCCCCGGCAGAAGAAGGAAUAAGUGAUUGUGAAGUUUUCCCAAAGAAUCAUGCUGCACCAUUCUCCAAGGUUCUCACAUUCUACAGAAAAGAGCCUUUCUCUCUGGAAGCUUAUUAUAGCUGUCCUAAAGAGUUGCCUUAUCCAAAUUCUGCCAUAGCUCAGUUUUUAAUUCAGAAGGUAACACCACAAGCAGAUGGAUCCAGUUCAAAGGUCAAAGUGAAAGUCAGAGUAAAUAUCCAUGGCAUUUUUAGUGUUUCAAGUGCAUCACUUGUGGAAGUUCAUAAAUCAGAAGAGAAUGAAGAGCCUAUGGAAACAGAUCAGCAUGCAAAAGAGGAAGAGAAGAUGCAGGUAGAUCAAGAAGAGCAACAGAAGAUUGAGGAACACCAGCAGCAAGUACAAACUGAGAGCAAGACUGAGUCUGAGGAAAUGGAGACUUCUCAAGCUGGAACAAAAGAGAAGAAAACAGAUCAACCUCCUCAAGCUAAAAAAGCUAAAGUGAAAACAACAACACUUGACCUUCCAAUUGAGAAUCAUUUGGUGUGGCAAAUAGGAAAAGAUAUGUUGAACUUAUUUAUUGAGAAUGAGGGUAAAAUGAUCAUGCAGGAUAAACUGGAGAAGGAACGGAAUGAUGCCAAGAAUGCAGUGGAGGAGUAUGUUUAUGAAAUGAGAGACAAGCUGUGUAGCUUGUAUGAAAAGUUUGUUAGUGAAGAGGAUCGUAAUAGUUUUACUCUGAAGUUGGAAGAUACAGAAAACUGGCUGUAUGAAGAGGGUGAAGACCAGCCAAAACAAGUUUAUAUUGAUAAGUUGACUGACUUGAAAGCUGUGGGCCAGCCUAUUCAAGCACGAUUCCAAGAAUCUGAAGAAAGACCAAAAGCCUUUGAAGAGCUUGGAAGACAAAUUCAACAGUUUAUGAAAGCUGUUCUUGCAUUUAAAGCAAAGGAAGGUGUGGGGCAGUUUUCAAGUGAUGGGCAGGAUGAGCAGUAUGACCACCUGGACCCUGCAGAAGUGGCCAAAGUGGAAAAAAGUGCAAAUGAGGCGAUGGAGUGGAUGAAUAACAAGCUUAAUCUUCAAAAUAAGCGAAGUCUCACCUUGGAUCCAGUUGUCACAGCUAAGGAUAUUGAAGCAAAGACAAAAGAACUGAUAAAUACAUGUAAUCCUAUAAUGAACAAGCCAAAACCCAAGGUGGAGCUUCCAAAAGAGGAUGAAAAACCAGCAGAACAAAAUGGUCCAGUAGAAGGCCAGGGUGAUGGCAGCAAAGCAUCUCAGACUGCUGACCAGAAUACUGAAUCAGCAACCCAAACAUCUACAGAAAAGAAACUGCCUGAAAUGGACAUUGAUUAAAUUCCAGCUUUUGUUUAUAAUAGAAACUUUAAAAAAGCUUUAAGUUGUCAACUUCAUGUUCUGAAUAUGAAUGGGAGCCACGUGAGAACUGCAGCUUUCCCACAGUAUGCUUUUUGAAUGGGGGUUGGUCAGUAUGAAGUAUUUUAACUCUUGGGGUAGUGAACUCUUCAGUUUGUAAGUUCAUUUUUUUGCCAUAUGACAUUAGAAGCCCUUGGUAACUAUUAGAUUUAUAUAAAAUCAUAACUGACUCUCGAUUUACUCCUAUCCCUGAUGUUGAGUCCCCUUUUAGUAAAAGAAUGAAGGCAGCUGGAAGAUAAUUUUGUCCUUUUCAUUUUCCACUAUGUUGCCACUGUGGAUUGAAGUGGCUACAUUAUAAUUAUUAGUUGACAUGAAAGUUCCAGAGGUGUUUGAAGCUCUGGUUGUUUUGCACAAGAGAAUAAUAAAAGUACUGGUUUUACAUCCUUCUGCAGUUAUAGCAGCAAUAAGGGCAUGUAUUUUUAAGCUGGAUGUUUAAUUCUUUUCACACUGUACCAGUAAUAGUUAUGUGAGGAAUAUGGCACCAUGGGUCAGAUUACGUGUUUGUGCUAAUGGCAAAGAGCUCAAAAGGCUGGAGUGUUUUUUUCCAAUUCAUGUCCACACUCCAUUAUAAAUAUUAAUGUCCUGAGCAUUGUAUUGAAUUGUUUAUCUAAUAUGCAGUGUAGCAAAUUAUAUACCUGAAGCUGCUAUUAGAUGCAAAUAUGUACACUUAUGGUAAAUUCCCCUCAGCUAUAUGAAAUGCUUGUAAAUUUCUGUCUCUAGUUUAGUUGCUUACAGAAAAAGGGGAUAUAUUGGUAGCUGUCUGCACCUCUGGAUGAUUUUGAUUGGUUGCUAAGAGAAUGUUUGCUUCCUACAAUUGGAAGUGCUCAGCUAGCUUUAUUUUUCAACAGUGAUGAAGGCUGGCAGUUUCCUCAUAUGUUCUUCUUCACUUUGGCUGUGUUUUUCUUCUAGUAAUAGAUAACUGUCAUAGACUUGUAUGUGUGAAAUAAAAAUGGAAACAUCCAUAUACAUUGUGAGAAAUAAAUGCACUGGAUUAUACUGGAUUUUUUUUAAAAAAAUUGAUUAUGGUUGUAGGAAAUCAAAUUCUUAAGAGAUUGGAACAAUAACAUAGAUGCUUUUUAAAGCUCCUCUUUAAAAACAAAACAAACUUAAGAUAAUUAAUUUACCAAAAUGAAACUCUUCAGUCUGUCAGUCAUAUCCUACAAUUUCUCAUGGGUUAUACAAUCAUUUUUCCUGUUAACUGCUGUUUAGGUGUUAACCUUAUGCUUUGAUUAAUGUUUCUUGGUAUCCACAGCACAUUCAAACUAACAAGCUGUAUGUAUGUGAAAGUACCAGUUUACUUCCAUAAACCUUCUACUCCCAGUUAAGAUUUUUUUAAAAAAUCACUGUUUAUGGGCUAGGAAGAGACUCCCAAGAAUACCUUGAGUCUGACUGACAACUCUGCUGUUGUUCUUAUUACCUGCUCACCAACUGCUGCGACUUCCUUCUAAUGAAAUAAAAGCUUUUGCUCUACCAUGGCC